CCUCUUCUUUCAGCAUGCACCUUUGCCGGGUUGAGCUGCGAACGCCUCCCCGAUGAAUAAGUGCCGGGACGCCCACCAUGAUGCAGCGCGUCCCGGCAGGCCCUUUUUUGGCCCUUUCUUCCCCUCCAUUGCCCCCUCCUCCCCCAACAGCCCCUUUGGACUGGCCGCCCGGGCCUGCUUCCAGCACGUCCAGGCUGCCAGUCGACGCUUCCUCUUUAUGCGCCGGGCGCCAUCCUUAGCCCGUCGCGCCCGGCAGAUGGUCCUCGGGCGGACGACUAUGGAGUCGUUGGGUCCAUCGCUGACCCCCUCUCGCUUUGCUCCUCGCCGGCCCGCGCCCCUCGCGGGGUCAUUGACCCGUCCGGCCCAUAUAUAUUUUUUUUCCUGUGUUUACAUAUAUUUUUUUGUGUGUGUUUUAUUGACAGGUCCACCUCCGGCACUACCCGCCCCUGUCCCCAAAAUAUACAGUCGAAUAUUAUUCCUGAAUGGGCACUUAUUUCGUCUUGAAGACCCUGGCCCGCCCGCCCGCCAUCUUGAUGCGGUAGCGGGCCCCCUCCGACCACAUUAA